AUGAAAUCGGUUCUCAUUAUUCUUCUGGUCACUCUGGUCUUCAGAAUCCAAUGCGCUGCUAUAAAGGAAGUUGACGAUACCGUCGAUAUAGUUCUUCGCCUGAAACGAGCACCUCAGAUACCUCCACCACCUCCUCCGCCUCCUCCGCCUCCACCCAGGUGUCCACCACCACCUCCCCCGCGUGGUCCGCCGCCGCCUCCUCCUCCUCCUGGCUGUCCACCACUACCACCGCCGCUUAUUGCUAGACAUAAAUAA